UUCAAUUACGACCCUCUCAUCUCCUCCUCUCUACUCUUAAAAGUUAAAACAUCUUCGAAAUCUGAAAAAUCUGUAGACUGAAUCCAUCUCUCAUUUGAUUCGACUCAUACCUUUGUAGGAGUCUCCGAAUCGAAUCGAAACGAAAUCACGGUGUUACGGUAGGUCCGAGAGGGAGAGGCUAGGUCUGAUAUGGGCGCCGCGGGAUCCAAACUCGAGAAAGCUCUCGGCGACCAGUUCCCGGAAGGAGAACGCUACUUCGGAUUCGAAAACUUCGGAAACACUUGUUACUGUAACAGUGUUUUACAGGCUCUUUAUUUUUGUGCUCCAUUUCGUGAACAAUUGCUUGAACACUAUACAAAUAAUAAAGCUGAUGCUGACGAGAAUCUCUUGACAUGCUUGGCAGACUUGUUUUCCCAGAUAAGUUCCCAGAAGAAGAAAACAGGAGUGAUUGCUCCGAAGCGUUUUGUACAGAGAUUGAAAAAACAGAAUGAGCUUUUCCGGAUUUAUAUGCAUCAGGACGCACAUGAGUUCCUGAACUAUUUGCUAAAUGAACUUGUGGACAUCUUAGAGAAAGAGGCAAAAGCUACAAAAACGGGGCGUGAAACGUCAUCAUCUCCUGAAAAGAUUGCAAAUGGAUCGAAAGCUCCUCAGGAAAAUGGUGUUCUUAAAGAACCUAUUGUUACAUGGGUGCACAAGAUUUUUCAGGGUAUACUUACCAAUGAGACAAGGUGUCUGCGGUGUGAGACAGUAACAGCAAGAGAUGAAACUUUCCUAGACUUGAGCCUUGAUAUUGAACAGAACAGUUCGAUAACUAGCUGUUUGAAAAACUUCAGCUCCACAGAGACUCUACACGCUGAAGACAAAUUUUUCUGUGACCAAUGCUGCAGUUUACAAGAAGCGCAGAAGAGGAUGAAGAUCAAGAAACCGCCACACAUCUUAGUUAUACAUCUGAAACGGUUUAAAUACAUCGAACAAUUGGGCCGCUACAAGAAGCUAUCUUACAGAGUUGUCUUCCCGCUGGAACUGAAACUCAGCAACACAGUGGAAGAAUAUGUGGACAUCGAGUACUCCCUCUUUGCAGUUGUGGUUCAUGUCGGAAGUGGACCAAACCAUGGUCACUAUGUUAGCCUCGUGAAAUCUCAUAACCAUUGGCUCUUCUUUGAUGAUGAAACUGUUGAAAUGAUUGAAGAAUCUGCUGUUCAGACAUUCUUUGGCUCAUCACAAGAGUACUCGAGCAACACUGAUCAUGGCUACAUCUUGUUAUACGAGAGCCUCGGAACGAGAGCCUCGGAACAAGAACCUAAUCUCAUCAAAUUUAUUUUAACUCAGAAAAACAGAAAGUUUGUAUACUAAUGGAAACCAAGCCAUGUACAGUUUAAUGACAAGGAAGGUUUACUAUUUGGUUAUACAAAAGUUUGAUUAAUGUUCAAAUAUAAUCAUUUAAAUGAGA